AUGACUAGUAAUCAACGGGUUGAAAUUUCUCAUUCGUUUUUCAAGAGGUAUGUGUCCAAAGAAAAUUCAAUGAUAGAUUUUGUGAUGCGAUUCAAUAGGGCACUUGCCAAAGUCCGACAUAAUGAAUUGGAUUUGGACCAUAAAGAUGUAAAUGAGAAGCCUCAGUUGAAAACCUCGUGGGCAAUGGAAAAGGGAAUGAGUGAAAUAUAUACAUGGAGCAUAUUUGAGAGGUUUCAAGAGGAAAUCUUUCAAAUUAAUGCAUAUGUGGUUACGUUCAUACGCGAGAAUGAACAUCGGUGUUUGUGGAAUGUUCAGAGAGAAGAAAUGGAAGGUGCGAGAAUUCAUGAGAUUUCGGUGGACAAGUCAUCAAACCGUGUCAGUUGUAGUUGUAAAAUGUUUGAAUUCGAUGGAAUUCCUUGUCGGCACCUGUUGGCGUACCUGUUUCGAAUGCAAAUUAGGGAACUCCCUACUGAAUAUAUCUUGCAAAGGUGGAUGAAGACAGCAAAAGCGGGCAGGGUGAUGGAUGACUUAGGUAGUGAUGAGGUUGGCGAUGGGCAAAUCCCAACGCGCGAUUCUUCUCAACCCUUUCUGGCCUUUGGCGAAUUUGUAGAGUCAACCCAUGCAGUAAAUCACGGAUCUCUGCGAACUGAGUGCGAGUAUCUUGACGGAUUUCGGCUAACUGAGUGCUUCGAUCCUGCAAUUGUGUUCGGGUAUCCUCCAUCAUCUUCCUUAGUUAUCGAUGAGGCUGUCUUAGAUGAAGAAGAAAGUGAAGUUGUGCGAGAAGCUUUGGAAUCUAGUCAAAAGAAGAUUGCAUUGAUGAGGAGUGCUCGCAAAGAUGGUUCACCGAGUUCUAUCCAAUUGGCUUCAACAAGUCGUAUCCAAGUGCCUUCUUCUCUCGGAAGCCAACAUAGUUUGAAAGAACCACUACAAGUAAGGGCAAAGGGUUGUGGUAAGCGUUUGAAAUGA